AGUGCCGGGGUUCAAGAACGCCACAUCAUCCUCAGAUUGGCCAGUUCAAUUUUUAUGGAAAUCAAGCCUAAGUUUAAACAUUCACGUGACUGUGUUCUUCAAAUCUUCGUUUAGCCUCCAAUAUGUUAAUCGUAUGCAUAGCUUCACAGUUGGGCAGAUUUUAGUGGGGUGUAGUUAGUCUAAGUGAGCUACAUAUUUAACCCACCGUGAUGUGGUUUGUCAAGGCUGUAAGCACAUGAUGUAAUAAAAUCAACGUUAUCUUGCUGUCUAUGUACCCUUACAUGGGAGGUAACUAGCCCAGGUUACUUCCCUUCGUCAGCACAGACUCGAUUUUAGACUGCUGGUAUAAACUUUCAUGUGCUCCAUUACCCAAUAACAUUUGCUUGCAGCGAUUUUGUACACACGUUUGGAGAUUAUACUUUUGAGAUCAUUUCUAAGCAAGUGACGAACAAUAGUAUUUUAAAAAUUAAUUUCUGGAUUUUUAAAAACUCAAUUUCGUUUUAUUUUAAUUUUAGCAAUGGCGUCAUUGCUAGACGAACUUACGUGAUAAAUAAAUUACAACAUAACCAUCAAAACAAUCGACGUUUGUUACCAGCCUCACAAUCUACAUAUUACAUAUAAACAGAAGUCUUCAUCAUAAGCGACAUUUGGCAACUGCCUGAAGUCUAACACAACCACACCUGUAGCUAUUGGCCAGCCUGAAGUCUACCGUAAACACCUGUAGUGACCAGCUUGACCUGUAGCUGCCCCAGCAAUGAGCCACAUCACCGACGGCCUACACCGGCACGCCAUCUCACCUGUCGGGGUCAAGGCCAUCUCACCUGUCGGGGUCAAGAGCUGCCUCUUCCCUCAGGUCACCGAGCCCAAACUCUUCAGACACUUCAGCACCGGAAGUGACGUGUACAAACAUGGCGCCUACGAUUACGUCUUCAAGAUCAUCAUGCUGGGGGACCAGGGGGUGGGGAAGACGUCGUUCAUGAAGGCGCUGAGGGUGCACCCCGACGUGACCAAGGUGGACUGCAGGUGCAGGGCCAGCCCCACGGCGGACCACCUAGAGGUCGAGGUCGUCACGAGCUCUGGUCACACGGCGCUGGUCCGUCUGUGUGACACGGGGGGUCAGGAAAGAUACCGAAGUCUGACGUCAUCCUACUACCGGGGCGCGCAUGGCGUGCUACUUAUAUUUGACCUCAACAACCUCAAGUCACUCGAGAACACGGAAAUAUGGCUUUCCGAUCUGGACACCUUUUCAUCCCCGUCUUCCUGCACCCGCGUUCUUCUCGGCUCCAACUGCGCAUCACCCCAGCGCACCGUGACGUCACAAUACGCCCGGAAAUACGCCGAGAGCCGAGACCUUCCAUAUAUGGAGUUCGACACGACCCAGUUCUACAACGUCGUUGAAAGUCUGAAGCUGGUCGCUGACAAGAUCACCAAAGAGGUCGGUACCUCCUCCCACAACACCUCCACCCUCAUCAGACCGUGCAGUCGUCUAGAGGAGAAAGACAACGACGGGAAACUUUUCACGUGUAUUUGUUAACAUUGUGUACAAAUUUUGUUCCAAUAUUGUCUUCAAGUACUUUAAUCUUACACACAAAAUGGAUUUUUUUUCAUUUGACGGAAAUAUUGUCAACUCCCGUCUAUUUAUCUUUGACGUAAUGUUAACUUUCAUCAUUUUUAUCUUUGACGUAAUGUUAACUUUCAUAGUUUUAUCUUUGACGUAAUGUUAACUUUCAUCAUUUUUAUCUUUGACGUAAUGUUAACUUUCAUAAUUUUUAUCUUUGACGUAAUGUUAACUUACAUUAUUUUUAUCUUAGAGAAAGAGUAUCUGUGUGUUUACAAGCCAUUUUGUCAAAUUAACAAAUGCUGAUUUUAUCUGGUAAAUGUAUGGUGGGUGGGUCUAAACGACACUCCCUCAAACAGAAAGUGGGUGGGUCUAAUAGAAAGUGGGCGUGUCACGGACCCAACCAGUGGGUGGGUCACAGGGAGGCAGAAAGUGGGCGGAUGCAAUACGAAUUAUUUAUUUGUCUGAAAGCUCCUGAACCUAAUUAGCCUAAAAACUAAUUAACCUAAUUAGUCUAAAAACUAAUUUCACGUCCAAUGCUAAAAACACUGUAUAUAUGUAUGAACGCUCAAUGUUUUCCAUAACAAAAAUAUACUACGUGCACACAAUUU